AUGGAAUUUAUUGCUGAUUACGACGUUAAGAUUCAGUACCACCCAGGUAAAGCUAACGUGGUAGUUGAUGCCUUAAGUCGUAGGAAGACAUCAAUAAGUAUUGAGAAGGAUCUGGAGACUUUAGGGCAUGAACUGAAGUUAGUAAGUUUAUCUGCCUUAGAGGGAGAAUCCAGCGAGAGAUUAGGGCUUCAGGCCAUCAACAAAGCCAACUUGGUGCAAUGGAUUCGAGAGAAGCAACAGAAGGAUGAUAAGAUCACGAAAAUCAUCACAAGGAUUCAAGAAGGUGAAGGAGAUAAUGAAGAGUACCAUUUAGCUGAAGAUGGAACCGUGUUGCUGCAAAGUAGGAUUACCGUACCUGAAGGAGAACAACUAAGAGAAGAGAUACUAAGGAUGGCACACCAAUCCACACUUAGUAUUCAUCCCGGCAGCACCAAGAUGUACAAGGACAUCCGGAGAUAUUACCAUUGGCCAGGAAUGAAGAGGGCCGUGGCACGAUAUGUCUCUCAGUGUCAAGUAUGUCAACAAAUCAAGGCAGAGCAUCAAGUACCAGGAGGGCUACUUCAAAAUCUGCCUAUUCCAGAAUGGAAGUGGGAUUCCAUUGCUAUGGACUUCAUCACGGGAUUACCCAUAGCAAGAGGAAGAUUGAAUAAUACUAUAUGGGUGAUAGUAGAUCGACUAACCAAGGUAACCCACUUAUUACCUGUUAGAGAUACAGAUAAGGUGGAGAUCUUAACCGACCUAUAUAUCAAGAAAAUAGUGAGACUACAUGGAGUGCCAACAGACAUUGUAUCUGAUCGAGACCCAAGGUUCACUGCAAGAUUCUGGCAAGCUUUGCAAGGAGCCUUAGGGACAGAACUACACAUGAGUACAGCGUUUCAUCCCGAAACUGAUGGUCAGACGGAACGAACCAUCCGGACGCUGGAGGAUAUGCUCAGGCUAUGCAUACUGGAUUGGGCUGGCAUGUGGGAAGAUCAUCUACCCUUGAUUGAGUUUUCCUACAACAAUAGUUAUCAUUCCAGCAUAGGUAUGUCACCGUAUGAGGCACUCUACGGAAGACCAUGUCGCACUCCUUUGUGCUGGACUGAGAUUGGAGAAAGGAGAGUCUUUGGACUUCCAAUGAUUGAAAAAACCAUGGAAAAGCUUCAGACAAUCCGGGCAAACAUGAAGAAGGCGCAAGAUCAGCAGAAGAAGUAUGUUGAUCAAAACCGGCGAGAAGUGAUUUUUACUAUUGGCGAUUGGGUAUACCUUAAGGUAUCUGCCCAAAAAGGUAAAGAUCGUUUUGGAAGAGUGGGGAAGUUAGCUGUGAGAUUCAUAGGUCCAUACCGAGUUAUUGGGCGUGUGGGAGAAGUAGCCUAUCGCCUAGACUUACCGGCAGACAUGAAUCUACAUCCUGUGUUUCAUGUAUCUAUGCUAUGGAGGCAUAUACAGAACCCCAAUGCUAUUGAGCCGGAGCGAGUAGAGGAGUUACAACCUAACCUUACCAUUCCAGAGGGCCCAGUGAGGCUAGGAAUCCGCCGACUCCGCAAGCUCAAGAACCUUGAGAUUCCUCAAAUUCAAGUGUUUUGGGAAAGACAAAACCGUGAAGUGAUCACCUGGGAAGAUGAGGAACACUUCCGAAGAAGUUAUCCUGAGUUCUACGAGCAACGCAGCUCUACAAAAGGAGGAGAGACAUCACAGCCUUAG